UUGGGAAUCUGCUAUCAACUUCAAUGGUGUGUAGUUAACGUUACCUAGGCCAAUGUCAGCCACAAAACACGCUGGUUUAGCUAACCGCCCUGUAUCACAGCAACGUUUAAACUUCCCGGCUCCUCGGGGCUUUUAUUUCAGUUCUUGGAGAAGCAGAUUAAUGCAUCACAUGACAUCGGAGUGUGAUAGCCGUAAUGUCAGCCCCAGCCACAGCCCCCAGCCUAGCUCACAUGCCUCCCUCCCUCACAAUGCUAUUGUGAUUCAGUAACUAGCAGCAGUCUGAAGGCUAGGGCUGUUGACUUGAGGCUAAUCUUGGCUAGCUAGUUACCGACCGCACCAGAUCAUAUUGGUUUAGGGGCUGACGACGUCUUCUUCGUGUAUGCCACACUCGGCAUAAGGCUACAGUACUGAAGAUGGACGAAGCCUCUCUCACUGUCAACAAUGAGCUGGGCACUGAGAUGGUCGUGAGCUGGCUAUCAGACCACUGCUAUCAGUGUGUGUACCAGCCCCUGGGUGUGGUGCCAGCAGGCCCUGGACCAGGCGUGCCCAGCUCAGUGGACUUGACCGUGGGCACACAGCACGGCAUCACCCUGCAGCUCAACAGCAGCCCCAUCAGCCUGGAGCUCUGCACGGUCCAUUUCCACUUUUGGGAGCAUGGUAACUACUCUCUGUGGGUCAAGAACCUGAACGACUCCUCAGUGGUCAACUGUUCCAUGAUCACUGACACAGAACCGGUCAACAGCUACCUGCCCAUCAUGGUGGCCUUUCUGUUGUUCACGGGACUGGCUAUAGCGUCUGCUAUCGGAGGCACAAUCAUGGGGCUGGACGUGGUGAAGAAUCUGAUGUUCCGAUUGGGCAGUUCCAUGGAAACUGAGAGGCUCAUCAACUCAGAGCUGGGGUUUCCAGGCAGGACGGUGGAGACAGCCACAGACACCAUACUCCCCACCCCCGCCACCCCCAGCCGGAGGCUCCGAUCCCUGGACACUUUCAGAGGGUUGUCCCUGGUCAUCAUGGUGUUUGUGAACUACGGAGGAGGGAGGUACUGGUUCUUCAGACACGAGAGCUGGAACGGACUCACAGUUGCUGAUUUGGUCUUUCCCUGGUUUGUGUUCAUCAUGGGUACAUCUAUAACCCUGUCCGUCAGCUCAGCCCUGCGGUGUGGAAUGUCACGUUUCUCUCUCUUCACCAAGGCAGUCUGGAGGAGUAUUCAGCUCUUCCUCAUCGGACUCCUCAUCAUCAACCCAAACUACUGCCAGGGACCACUAUCAUGGGACACCCUGCGUAUCCCUGGUGUGCUCCAGCGUCUGGCCUUCUCCUACCUGGUGGUGGCCUCUCUGGACCUCUGUGUGGCCAGGAACAGCCUGGACAACCUACCCGUGGAUGCUUGGUGGUACUCUGCUCGUGAGUUCCUGCUCUACUGGCCAGCCUGGCUGUGUGUGGUCGUCUUGGAAACCGUGUGGCUCUGUCUCACCUUCCUGCUCCCUGUGCCUGACUGCCCAAGGGGUUAUUUGGGCCCGGGUGGUGUUGGGGACAUGGGCCAGUACCCUAACUGCACCGGGGGAGCAGCAGGAUAUGUAGACAGGUGGCUACUGGGAGAGAACCACAUCUACCAAACACCCUCCUCACGGGUGAUCUACAAGUCUCACAUGCCCUUUGACCCAGAGGGAGUUCUAGGCAGCAUCAACUCUGUCCUCAUUGCUUUCCUGGGACUACAGGCAGGGAAGAUUCUCCUCCACUACAAGGAACAGCAUUCCAGUAUAAUGGCCCGGUUCCUCAUUUGGAGCCUCGUACUGGGAAUCGUAUCAGCCAUUCUGACCAAAUGUUCACUGAAUGAAGGCUUCAUCCCCAUCAACAAGAAUCUAUGGUCUCUAUCCUACGUGACCACCCUGGCGUGUUUUGCCUUCGUGGUUCUGGUGAUGGUCUACUACACAGUAGAUGUGAAGAGGUGGUGGUCUGGAGCCCCUUUCUAUUACCCUGGUAUGAACUCCAUCCUGGUGUACGUGGGCCACGAGGUCCUGGAGGAGUACUUCCCGUUCCGUUGGCGCAUGGCCAACAGCCAAUCCCACGCAGAGCACCUGACCCAGAACCUGUUGGCCACUUCCUGCUGGGUUCUCAUCUCCUUCCUGCUGUACAGGAAGAAGAUCUUCUGGAAGAUCUAGAGGGCCAGGACACAUUUCGAUAGUCUUUCCUCAAGUCCUCUAAAGAUUUGGGGGAAGAUCUAAGGGGCCGGGCUACAUCUCAUAAGUAGUUUCAAGUCUUUCUGAAGGAUCUACUCUCCUCAAUUCCUUGUGUCCUGUAACCAAUGAUCCACUGGGAGACGUAGAGCUGGUCUGUCUUCUCAAUAGUCUUUCCCCGAUUCCUUGUGUCCCAGAAGAUCUUUGGCUGGGUUGCAUUUCACCUGUCUUUCAUCUAUCCCUUGUAUCCUUUCUCCAGCUUCCUUUUAAAAAGCGUAAAGCGUUUCCUCUCCUUGUUUCCUUUCCUCGUGUCCUCUCCUCGCUUGACGCUGACGUUUUGAGAAGGGAACAUCAUCACUCAGGAAAAGAUCUGGGAUUGUAAACAGGAGAUGAGGAAACUCAAGAAACCGUGAUGACCAUUUCCAGCUCCUGUCCUGGAUACAAUGCUACAGGCUCUGGCCUAGUCUACACUUUCGUUAUGGACAUAGUUCAGAGGUCACUGGGAUGUGUGUGACCUCCAUGUGGGAUCAAAUUGGACUGUACUAAAAAAAAAAAGGACUUUACAGCCAAACCGGUAUU